AUGUCUUUCAACCCCAACGAUGGCUUUGUGGCCCUCGCCGCCACCGCCCAUGAUGACACCGAUGCGGAUCAAGCACCCAUUUUCAACGUGGAGCGCGUCGAGAUGAACUUCUCCGUGACGGCCGAGUUUGUCGCCGCGCAAAUAGCAAACAACGUCAUGAUUCUCGCCCUGUCCAACGGUCGCCUUCUUCGUAUCGACCUGAAGCACCCGGAAGACAUUGACGACAUUGAUCUUCCGAAAAGGGCCUCCGAAAUCGGCGUCAUCCGCCGCCUGUUCCUAGACCCGACGGCAUCCCACUUGCUCAUCUGCACGGCUCUCGGCGAAAAUUACUACCUUCAUUCGCAAUCCAGGCAGCCCCGACCUUUGGGUCAGUUCCGAGGUGUCAUGAUGGAGAGCGUUGCCUGGAACCCGUCUCUCCCCACGGCGUCCACGCGAGAAAUACUCAUCGGGGCCGCUGACGGCAACAUAUACGAGGCCUUCAUUGAGACCUCGAAUGAGUUUUACCGACGAGAAGUCAAGCACUUGAAGAAUCUGCACAAACUCCCCGACGGUGCCAUUACUGGCUUGUGGGUGGACGAUUUAAAGGGCAAGCCCGACCUCCGCAGAGUCAUCAUCGGCACCCAGAGCAGAUUGUUCCACCUGGUUGGCCGGGUGGGCCGUAGUCACGAUGGCAGUGGGUCAAUAUACACCAAGCUGUUCGAAUCGGAACAGCCAGUUACUCAUGAGGCCUUUGGCAACUCCGCCGGCGCUCAUUCUGCCGUGGCAGUAUCGCCUGAUCCUCCAAGUCAACGCCUUCACGGGGACGAUGUCCCCGACAGGGCAUACGCUUGGUUGUCGUCGCAGGGGGUGUUUCACGGUAGAUUGUUCAACGAGCCUGCGGAUCUCAGCCUCGGAUCAAAGAUAUUCGCGGAUUCCAAGACUCUGACAAAAUCCCAGAUAGUCACACCUGACUCUGCAGAUCGACGUGCGGCGACAGCAGAGGCAAUCGACUCCAUCCUUCUCACCCAGUGGCAUAUAAUCAGCUUGGUGGGGAGCCGAAUCAUUGCAACUAACCGCCUGACUGGGAAGAUGGUGUCGGAACAUGACAUACUAGUGCCAGGCCGGAAAGCCAUCGCCUUCACCAUGGACGCCCAGGAAAGAACGUUUUGGAUCAUCACCUCGGACGAGAUAUUCGAAAUCGUUGCUCGGAACGAAGAGAGAAACAUCUGGAAGAUCAUGAUGGGUAACGAGCAAUUCGAGUCAGCCUUGCGGUAUGCCCGCACCCAGACCCAGAAAGAGACGGUGGCGGGUGCAUACGGAGACCAUCUCGCCAAGAGGGGUCACUGGAUGGAGGCAGCUAGCCUGUACGGACGCAGCAACAAGGCGUUUGAGGAGAUUGCGCUCAGUCUCGUCGACAACAGCCAGCAUGAUGCCCUGAGACAAUUCCUGCUUACAAAGCUGGCAACGACGAGAACAUCCGCCGUGAUCCAGAGGGUGAUUGUGGCAAGCUGGCUUGUAGAGGUCUUCAUGGCCAAGCUCAACUACCUCGACGACACCAUCAUCACGCAGGCAGAACUUUCCGAGAACUUGAGCUGGUCGGAAUCCAGGACCGUGCUGGAGUCGGUUAAAAAGGAGUAUCGCGACUUUGUCAACAAGUACAAGAAUGACCUGGACCACAAGACGGUCUACGACAUCAUCAGCAGCCACGGCAGAGAAGGAGAGCUCUUGUAUUUUGCCAGCGCCAUCAAUGAUUACCAUUACGUCUUGUCGUACUGGGUGCAAAGGGAGCGGUGGCCGGAGGUGCUUGCGGUUCUGAAGAAGCAGACCGAUACCGAGGUUUUCUACCGCUACAGCAGCGUGCUCAUGACUCACGUGGCGCAAGAGACGGUGGAUAUCUUGAUGAGGCUCAGCGACGUCAAACCUCGCAGCCUCAUCCCGGCCCUGCUGGAGUACAACCGCAGCUACUCUGGCGGUGCGAGCUCGCAGAACCAGGCGAUACGCUACCUGAACUUUGUCGUGUUCCAGCUCAACUCCAAGGACGCGGCCAUCCACAACACUCUGAUUUCGAUAUAUGCCUCGCAUCAGUCUCAGGACGAAUCCGGGCUCCUGUCUUACCUGCAAGCGCAGGGGGAUGAGCCGAGAUACGACCCCGACUUUGCGCUGCGGCUAUGCAUCCAGCAUCACCGCACGCUCUCGUGCGUCCACAUCUUCACCAGCAUGGGUCAGUACCUGCAAGCAGUCGACCUCGCCCUGUCUCACGGCGAAGUUGAGCUGGCAUCGGUCAUUGCAGACAGGCCCAUGUCGGAUCCGCAGCUGAGAAAGAAGCUAUGGCUUGCGGUGGCGCGCAAGGUGAUUGCCAAGUCGGACAGCAUCAAGGGCGCGAUUGCGUUCCUGAAACGGUGCGACCUGCUCAAGAUUGAUGACCUGAUACCUUUCUUCCCCGACUUUGUCGUCAUUGAUGAUUUCAAGGAGGAAAUUUGCCAAGCACUGGAAGACUACAGCAGGAACAUUGACAACCUCAAGAAGGAGAUGGACGAGUCGUGCCAAACGGCAAGCAACAUCAAGAUGGACAUUGCAGCCCUAGAUCACCGAUAUGCCAUAGUGGAGCCGGGAGAAAAGUGCUACGUUUGCGGACUGCCGUUGCUCAGCAGGCAAUUCUUUGUGUUUCCUUGCCAGCACUCAUUCCACUCUGACUGCAUGGGCAAGAAGGUGCUCGAGUACUCUGGCUACGGCCACUCCAAGAAGAUACGACAACUGCAGACGCAAAUACACAAGGGUCUAGUAAAUGGGGCCAAGAGGGAAGCAGUGGUAGCCGAACUGGACGCCUUGGUCGCAUCAGCAUGCAUACUCUGCAGCGACUUUGCCAUCAAGAAGAUAGAUGAACCGUUCAUCACGGCGGACGAUGAUGUUGAGGCGUGGGCUGUAUGA